GUGAGCUUUCUGUGGAAGGCAUACAAGACCCAUUCCUUGUUAGUGUGCAUAUUAUCACAGACCCAGGGGAAUCCCAGACCCUUCAGCAAGCCAUCAACAAGCUCCUAGCCUGGAUCCACCCAGACCUCCAGCUCUUCAGGGUCUCAGAAAGACGGGUGCCCAGGAAGGGGAGGAAGCCAGGGAGAGCUGGUGUCUCCCAGCCAGCCCUUGCCGUCGUUCUCUUCCUGCAGGAGGAGUAUGGGGAAGAACCCAUCUUGCAGCUCCACGAAACCUUCCAACGGGCACCUUGGCGUUACCACCACACCGAGAGGGUGCAGGGGAGGUUCCUCCCUUACAUGCCAUGCAGCCAGGACUUCUACACCCUGGCUCCAGAGACUCCUCUGUGGGCCAUCCGCCCCGUGCACUACGGGAAGGAGAUUGUCCGCUUCACCAUCUACUGCAGGAGUGAAAACUUUGCUGACAACCUGAAACUGUACGAGCUGGUUCUGAAAAGACCCGUGUGUCAGAAAAAAACAGACUUUUGUGUUUUCCCUGUCUAUUCCAACAUGGAAAUAGAUAUCCAGUUUUCUUUAAAGAGACUUCCAAAGGGCCAAGCGCCGACGCCGACGGAGUCAGCGGUGCUGGAGUUCAGAGUGAAAGACGUGGGGCAGCUUGUGCCUCUCUUGCCCAACCCUUGCAGCCCCAUCAGUGAGGGCAGGUGGCAGACAGAAGAUCACGAUGGGAAUAGGAUCCUUUUGCAGCAAACAGGCAGUUGGUGUAGGAAGCCUGCAAAGCAGAACAAGCAACCCCAUCCAUCUGUGUCAGCAGAUUCCCCCUUCACAGCUCUGCCAGCCUCUCCUCAGAGCCACCGGCCUGUCCCUGAGCAGCUGAGAGAAGGGGGUCAGAACAAAGGACACCACACCAAUGGCCUGGGCCACUAUCUUGGUUUCUCCCAGCAGGACUUGAGACAUGGUGAUCCAGGAGACCUCACAGGCAGAUCCAGCAGUGCCUCCAGCACCUCCUGGUCAUUUCAACGCAGCAAGUCUCUGUUCUGUUUGCCCACGGGGAACUCCUCCUCCACCUCAGAGACAUUUGGUUUUGGUGAACCAUCUCAGUUUUUAAGUACUAAGUCACCUGCAAGAUGCUUAAAAACGUGGAGAUGCAACCCCAGGCUUAAUGUUGAUGACUUGGAGGGUGCCCAGGAGACAGACGUGGACACGGGGAUGAAGCUGUCCUUCUCAGACCUCUCAGUGGUCUCUGCAUACUCUGCCCUUAAUGGAUUUUGCAACGACUUGGGAGCCUCUCUUCCCCCACAGAAACAAACUGGCAGGAGGGCCAAACAGGAGGCCACCAGGGGAAGGCCUGGCUCAGCCACGUGCAAUACCUUUGAGUCAGCUGAUGGCUCACUGCUUUCUCUCUCUGAAUGGUCAUCCAGCUCACUCAUGUCAGCAGCUGUCCCCAAGCAGCCCAAACAGUCCUCAAGAGCAACCCUGGGUUCUCUGAGUGGUCCUGGCAGUGUUUGCCCAGCUUCAGCAGCUAGUGAAGAAGAAUUUUACAUAUGA